AUGUUUGAGAACGGUAGUGGUUUGUCUUUGAUCCACUCAAGCGGGAUUGGUGCUUCGGAUGUGACCAUUGGUUCGUUAGUAAACCAUCUCUUACUAACUUAUUUUGUGCACUACUUCAGUGUUUGUUUCAUAAGAGGAAGGGGUGAUAAAUUUAAUCAUGCGGCAUCGAUACCGAUGUUUGUUAUCGAGGUGGACGAACAACAAAGAUUCGAAAAGAUUCUAGCCUUGGCUGUGGACUUGGGAUGUCAGGCCUUCGUUGUGACGGAGGAAACGAUCGAUUCCUUUGUCGAAGCGUAUCUUCCGGUGCAUGACGCAGCGGAGCAGCGAUUCGUACCGAAGAGGCUAAUCAUGAUGCUCGAGGCAAACUCAAAGGUGUUCCCAAGGAUCCCUGAAAUGUUAGUUAUCGAAGAAUUACCGGAAGUGUUAAUUCUUCUGCCAGUAGAGAACGAUCGGAUUGAUCUCUACACGGUGGACAUCUAUGAUGGUGAUCCGAUCAUAAUCGUAACGCGAUUGCUCGACGUGAUUAACUGUACGAUGGGACUCUCAUCCUUUGAUGAUAGCAAGGUUCAUGUCUUUCCUGACAAGUUUAGAAACAUGAAUAAGCGCCGCCUGCGUCUAGGGACAGUUCCUUAUCUUCCGAACGUUUACGUUGAGGAUGUGCCUUUGGGAGACGGAAACGCUCGGUACAUCCUACCAUCGAAACCGAACGUCUCGGCCCAGAUCAGUGGAACAGAACUAUGGCUUGUAGCGUUGUUUUGUGAGAUUGCAAAUUGUACGACCGAAGUGCUGAUCGAAUCGGAAUGGGGCGACGUGUUUGAGAAUGGAACUAAAUUUGGCCUCAUCGGUGCCCCGGCCAAGCGCCAGGUUGACAUCGUGCUGGGUGGACUUUACACUUGGUUUAGGAGCCACAAGUUUUUAGCCUUUUCCGCCGUCCAUUCGCGCUCCGGUUGCACGUGCCUCGUCGCAAAGCCACGCCUGGUCGCCAACUGGCGGACGCCGUUUCAAUCAUUCACCGGUUCACUCUGGUGUGCCGUGUUGUUCGCAUUCUUAAUCGGUACCUUCGCGCUUUUCGUGGUGUCGCGUAGCCGCCAGCGUAUUCUUGCGCUCGACCGAUCUACCAGACUAUCCGCCAGCGACUCGGUUCUGCUGAUGAUCGGAUUCUUCAUGGAGCAAACCGUGCCGAUGCCACACGAGCUGGCCGCUUCCUGUCUGCUCUUCGGGACGCUCAUGUUCGCUGGGUUCAUGAUCGGAAGCAGCUACAACGGGGGUCUAGCGAGUACCAUGAUCGUGCCGCAGUACGAAAAAGCCAUCGACAACGUGCACGACCUGGCGGUGACGCGGACCACCUGGGUUGGCGUGACCGUAUCCUGGAUCUAUUCAAUUGUAUACGCCGACCAGCCGGACCUGCUGACACUGCUUCAGACGUUUCGCGAAUGGGACGAGGAGAUGAUCAACCAGCACGCAUUCGACCGUGAUGUAGCCAUCAUUGUCGAACGGAUGGAGUACGGCCAUUUUGCGCACCCUCGUUUCGACCUGGAGGCGAUGCGUGGCCGCCGUAUGCUAAAGGACGAUGUCUAUUGGGAGUCAGUGGUUGGCAUGUGUACCAAGACAUGGCCGGGAAGGGAGCGUUUCGAUAGAAUGGUGCUGGAUCUAAAAGCGUACGGUAUCCUAGCCUACUGGGAGCUGAUCGGUGCAAUCAAGUACCUUGGUCUGACAUCCCAGCAAACGAUUCGCUACUCUCGUGACGGCAGCGGCGGGGACGAGUUUAUGCCCCUCGGGUUAGCCAAUAUUACGGGUGCUCUGCUGAUCCUGGGUGCAGGUCUUUCGCUAGCUACGGUCAUGUUUUUUGCUGAACUUUUGUGGCACAAGUUGGCCCGAUUGGUGAGACGCCGACUGCUGCUAGGUGGAUACGGAACGAGAACUUAG